GCAGCUACGACGUGAUCAUUGUAACACUCCAUCGUUUACCGACAUCUAAGCAUAAGUUUUAACCAAAACAACAUUAGCUCAGUCAACGAUGAAAUGAAAUGAAUAAGGUCUUCGGUGUGUAGGACACUAGUUCUCGAAAAUCGAAAGUCGACAAUCGAAAUCUGAAAUUCGAAACGCGAAAAUGCCGGCCGAUCGAUUGUUGACAACAGUCCUACGGGCCUAUCAUGACGUUCCCAAUCCGGUCGAAACAGACAAGAUAUACGGGACGACGACUACACUCCUCACCAAUCUAAACAAUCCGCUUAAUCUCUCUCUACUUACCUCACAUUUCCUUACUGCGCGUUCAAUAUGGCAGGCCCCGGAUGGACUACGUACCUGUCUGCGUAUCAUUAGCGUAUACAACACCGCCGCCAUUCACGUAGGGAAAAAUGAGCUUGAGAAUGCAAACAACCCAAGAGGAGGACUGCCGGUAGGGAGUGGCGUCAGCAGCGAGGAUUGGGCACGUGCAAUCGCGAAGGGUGCCGAUGAUAGAUCUAGUAGAUGGCAACAUAUGCUGGUCUUAACUGGUGUCUUGAUGGGCAUGGAGGGUGACGAUAGAAGAUCGCUGUCUUGGAGUUUACGGUCGAUGCUUGAAAAAGCCGUCGCAACAGCUGCAAAUCUCGCUCUACUAAACCCUCAAGAAUCGGGACCGUUGGGGCGUGGUGCUGUUGUCCUGGCAUUGACAUAUGCCGUCCCUCUCCUGUCAGAGUCGGCCAAGCAGUUGUUAAAUGGAAACGUCCUACUACCAGCGAUCAUCGAAGCGAUGCUCGGAGACGAAGGUUUUCAGCACGGAGACUUCAUUUCAUCAAUUAUGCGUGAUAUUACACCGGGCAAGAUCAUAUCAUGGCGCACCAAUUCACACUCCGUCACAAGACUUCAGAUUCUUGAGAAUCGGCCUCUAACCCAGAAUAUGGGUCCUCUGUCACGCCUUGUACCUUUCGCCGUUCAACAUACCGCCGACCCUAAUAUAAUACUUCAGGCCCAGAAAGAUUUGUUCGACUUCACAGUUGGACUAUUGGAUAAAUGGUCCCACUGUCCCCUCUCCGCUAUCGACCUGUCAGUUGAAGUCGCAGCUCUCUCGCUCGAGACGCUCCAAGGCCCCCAUUUAAGACUAUGGCAGCUAUUCAAAAAGAUCAUGUACGCCGUGGUUGCAUCCCUCCAACCCAUAGUCGGACGGUGUCUCCUAGACCCAUUUAUGAGAAAUGACAUGAUAGCUCCGACUGUAGCCUCAAAAACGUUGCAUACCUUACGCAAUUUAUCCUUCAUUUCCACACGGCAAGGAGCGGGCUCAUUCCAGGUGUACGAGUUCACUUACCUCACUUCCCUGGAUAUUAUUACACGUUAUCCGGAUGCUUGUAUGUCCUUCCUACAAGACACACAACCGCCAUCGCCUACGGCAAGCAACGUAGUGCCAUCGCCAACAAUCCAAGCUUUAAGCCUCUUCUACCUAAACACGGCGGAGCACCUCCCAUUCUCGCUACCUACACCCGCAUGCGAGAACCUCAUCAUCUCACCCGCAACAGCAUACCUCUCUCCCACUACCUCAUGGCUCUCCAGCCCAGCCAAUCUGCCCCCAUCAUCCUUAACGCUCGAACUAUUCGAAUCAGCACACUCAUCCGUGCUCUCGGCACUCUCAUGCCCCCAGCACAGCCCCCUCGCCGCCUCCCUCAUCCCCUUCUACAUCGACGCCCUCCUCUCCUCCUUCCCGUCCCGGAUAUCCCCACGCCAGUUCCGCCUCGCAUUCCGCACCGUCAUGCAGAUCACCAGCCCCCCUUUCCCCAUAUCCGCGACCGAGCCAGAGCUCUCUGAGGCCCUUCUCGAAACGCUCAGGUUCCGCGCCAUAGACGCCUCAACGCAGCCCCUGCUCCCAUUAAACGAGCAAGCCACCCCCGCUCCUGGUACCAAGAAGGAAGACCAGGGCCCAGUCUCAGAGCAGACGGCCCUUGUCCUCGCCAUCAUAGACUCUCUACCGCACCUCCCGCUCUACGCCAUCGAGGAAUGGCUCACGCGCACCGCUGAGUCCAUGAACGCCAUCGCGGACCCAGCUAUGCGGGAUUUAGCCCGCCGCCGCUUCUGGGAUGUACUAGUCAGUGGCGAGAUGGACGUUGAGCGUGGCGCUGUGGGCGUCGCCUGGUGGGGUACGAAUGGCGGUCGGGAGAUGGUGCUUUUCGGACAGCCGCGCGCUGCUGGCGGGGAGUUCUUGAUGAGUGGCGCGUUGGUGGAGCAGCCGAGGGAGGGGAGUCAGAUGUAGGAUAUAAUUUUAUACUGAAGUUACGUGAAUGCAUGUCUAGGUUGCAAGCCUCUACAUAUCUACAGAUGUACACAUCUACCAACAUACAUAGAAGAGUUAGCUCUAACGUAUUGAAUACCAU